AUGUGUAUUGUAAUUGGUAAUUCUCUUUCGAAUUAUGAUCAGUUGGUUCUGGAAUAUUCUCCAGUAGGAUAUUGGCCAUUAAAUCCUCAGGAUCCAAAUGAUUAUUCAGGUCAUAAUCUAAAUGGAAUAUUUACAAAUGAUCCCUUGGAAGAUAAAAUGCGAAAUGGUGAUAGUGUUAGUGUAUUCAAUGGAAUUGAUCAAUAUUUUACAAUUGAAGAAAAUGAUUAUUUAGAAAUUGUUCGUACGGGUAUUUUAACAAUUGUUGCUUGGUUUCGUCCGGAUACUUUACAAUUCGAACGUAGUACAGGAAGUGGAUAUGUUUGGUGGAUGGGCAAGGGCGAAAGAAAGCAACAAAGUUGGUCGGCAAGAAUCUAUAAUUAUUUAAAUAAAGAAAAUCGUCCGAAUAGAAUAAGUGGUUAUGUUUUUAAUUUAAAUGGUGGAUUAGGUGCUGGAAGUUAUUUUCAAGAUAAAAUCAAGGUUGGACAAUGGAUUUUCUAUACACUUGUUAUUAAUACAAUUAACAUUACGGAUGAUUAUCCAACUGGUUAUACAAAAAUCUUUAAAAAUGGCAUACAAAGGGAUCAAGAUGCUUUGAUUGAUUAUAAAGUUGUACCAGAAAAAGGAACAGCGCCUAUGCGAAUCGGUACAAGAGAUAGAAAAUCAUUUUUUAAAGGAGCAAUUGGGAAAGUGGCACUUUUUGAUUAUGAAUUGAAUUCAUCACAAUUAUUAAAUUUAUUUCAUUGUAUGCAGGAUAAUCAUAAAUGUUCUCGUCAAACUAAUAAGUUAUCAAGAACAAUAUAUAAAUCCAGACUAUUUUAA